AUGACAGCAAAAAAUUCUUCAAAAGAACUUACUGCUGCUGAAUCUGAGGUUUGCAUAAAGACUUUCAAGGAGCAGAUGCACUUAGAACUUGAGCUUCCAAGACUCCCGGGGAACAGACCGACAUCUCCCAAAAUUUCUCCACGCAGUUCUCCCAGGAACUCCCCAUGCUUUUUCAGAAAGUUGCUGGUGAAUAAAAGCAUUCGACAGCGGCGCCGCUUCACCGUGGCUCACACAUGCUUUGAUGUGGAAAAUGGCCCUUCCCCAGGUCGGAGCCCGCUGGACCCCCAGGCCAGCUCUUCCUCUGGGCUGGUGCUUCACGCCACCUUUCCCGGGCACAGCCAGCGCAGAGAGUCCUUUCUCUACAGAUCAGACAGCGACUAUGACUUGUCACCAAAGGCGAUGUCGAGAAACUCGUCACUUCCGAGCGAGCAACAUGGCGAUGACUUGAUCGUAACGCCUUUUGCCCAGGUCCUCGCCAGCUUGCGAAGUGUGAGAAACAACUUCACUAUCCUGACAAACCUUCACGGAACAUCCAACAAGAGGUCCCCAGCUGCUAGUCAGCCUCCUGUCUCCAGAGUCAACCUGCAAGAAGACUCUUAUCAAAAAUUAGCAAUGGAAACGCUGGAGGAGCUGGACUGGUGCUUAGACCAGCUAGAGACCAUACAGACCUACCGCUCUGUCAGUGAGAUGGCUUCGAACAAGUUCAAAAGAAUGCUGAACCGGGAGCUGACACACCUCUCAGAAAUGAGCCGAUCAGGGAACCAGGUGUCCGAAUACAUUUCAAAUACUUUCUUAGACAAGCAGAAUGACGUGGAGAUUCCAUCUCCCACCCAGAAAGACAGAGAGAAAAAGAAAAAGCAACAGCUCAUGACACAGAUAAGCGGAGUGAAAAAACUGAUGCAUAGUUCAAGCUUAAACAAUACAAGCAUCUCACGCUUUGGAGUCAACACGGAAAACGAAGAUCAUCUGGCCAAGGAGCUAGAAGACCUGAACAAAUGGGGCCUUAACAUCUUCAAUGUGGCUGGAUAUUCACACAAUAGACCGCUAACAUGCAUCAUGUAUGCUAUAUUCCAGGAAAGAGACCUCCUAAAGACAUUCAAAAUCUCAUCUGACACAUUUGUAACCUACAUGAUGACUUUAGAAGACCAUUACCAUUCUGACGUGGCAUAUCAUAACAGCCUACACGCUGCUGAUGUAGCCCAGUCAACCCAUGUUCUUCUUUCUACGCCAGCAUUAGAUGCCGUCUUCACAGAUUUGGAAAUCCUGGCCGCCAUUUUUGCAGCUGCUAUCCAUGACGUUGAUCAUCCUGGAGUCUCCAAUCAAUUUCUCAUCAACACAAAUUCAGAGCUUGCCUUGAUGUAUAACGAUGAGUCUGUGCUGGAGAACCAUCACCUGGCCGUGGGUUUCAAGCUGCUGCAGGAAGAGCACUGUGACAUCUUCCAGAACCUCACCAAGAAGCAGCGUCAGACACUCAGGAAAAUGGUCAUCGACAUGGUGUUAGCAACUGAUAUGUCCAAACAUAUGAGCCUGCUGGCAGACCUGAAGACAAUGGUGGAAACAAAGAAAGUUACAAGUUCAGGUGUUCUUCUCCUGGACAACUAUACGGAUCGUAUCCAGGUUCUUCGCAACAUGGUACACUGUGCAGACCUGAGCAACCCCACCAAGUCCUUGGAAUUGUAUCGGCAAUGGACAGACCGUAUCAUGGAGGAAUUUUUCCAGCAGGGAGACAAAGAGCGGGAGAGGGGAAUGGAGAUUAGCCCAAUGUGUGAUAAGCACACGGCUUCUGUGGAAAAAUCCCAGGUUGGUUUCAUUGACUACAUUGUCCACCCACUGUGGGAGACCUGGGCAGACCUGGUACAGCCUGAUGCUCAGGACAUUCUGGAUACGCUAGAAGAUAACAGGGACUGGUAUCAGAGCAUGAUACCCCAGAGCCCCUCCCCACCACUGGACGAGCAGAACAGAGACUGCCAGGGCCUGAUGGAGAAGUUUCAGUUUGAACUGACCCUCGAAGAGGAGGAUUCUGAAGGACCUGAGAAAGAGGGAGAGGGCCACAGCUAUUUCAGCAGCACAAAGACACUUUGUGUGAUCGAUCCAGAAAACAGGGAUUCACUGGGAGAGACUGAUGUAGACAAUGCGACAGAAGACAAGUCCCCGAUCGACACCUAAUCUCCCUCUCCAUGUGGAGAUGAACAUUCCACCUUUGACAAGCAUGCCAGCUGUAUGGUAGGGCCAGCCCACCGUGGGGGCCGAGGCCUGCACGGAACAAGGGCCACGUGGCCUUUCCAGUUACUUGAGUUUGGAGCCAGAGUGCAAGACCAUGAAGCAAAGUGCAGCUCAGGAAACUCCACAGUUGACUUGCCUUGCUUGCAAGCUUGGUGGAGAGCUGAAGCUUGAUGUGGUACUGGAGGCCAAGUUCGGAUGACGACUACACGGCUUGAAAACGGAAGACACGAAACCGAGAGGUUUUUCUGCACUAAGUUUUGGGACUGUGUCCCCCGUAGUGACUGAACUGACUGACUAAUAACGUCAUUUAUAAAUCUGCUCACCUGUCCCCUUGUCUGCCAACCUGUGUGCCUUUUUUGUAAAACAUUUUCACGUCUUUAAAAUGCCUGUUGAAUACCUAGAGUUUAGUAUCAACUUCUAUACAGAUAAGCAUUCAAAGUUGACAAACUUUUUGACUCUUUCUGGAAAAAAAAAAAACAGGAAAGAACACGGUCUUCCUUCUUUCUUGGGCAAUAUCUUUCACUUUGUUACAGAGACUUUUGCAAAUAGAAAGGCUACACUUCUAACCACACUCCACUUCCUUCCCCCAGUGUCCCAUCCAACUUGUUGCCUCUCUUCGCCUGCUCUGAACAGUAUUUUUUUCUCCUCUAGAGUUUCACUUUUUCACUGUAAACAGAAUAAAAAGUUGAACAAACUAAGGGGUAGGAAGGGGUAGUUGUGUUGUUCACAGUAACACUGUGUAAAUUCUGCUUGAUAAGGCAGCGUGCCCCGCUGUGUCCUGACCCCCCGUGUCACUCUCCCCCUCCUCUCUCCCUCUCUCACCCCGUGACGCUGUUGUCAAUUUAACGCUGCCGUCUUUCUCUUGCACUGCCUUCUGCAUUAACACCUCUGUUCUGUUUAUAGCCGUGUAUUUAUUACAUCAUGUAUAUAAUGUAAUGUUUUGUAAGUUAUUAAUUUAUAUAUCUAACAUUGCCUGCCAAUGGUGGUGUUAAAUUUGUGUAGAAAACUCUGCCUAAGAGUUGCGACUUUUCUUGUUUUGUAUUGUGUAUUAUAUAACCUGAACAUCGCUUCGGAGAGACAUGUGGCUCCCUCCCCAGUGAGGACGACAGUGGGCUUUACUUCGGAGGGUCUGCCCUUUCCCCCAUCUGAGUUGCGAAACCCCUUUAUGAACCGGUUUUGGAAACAGGAUUCUCACAUUAGAUACUAAAUGGUUUAUACUGAGCUUUUAGUUUUGUAUAGUUUGAUAGGGGAGGGGCAAUGGGAUGCGGUUUUUACCCACGUUUUGUCCAAAUCUGUAUACGCGGGAGUUGGGUGAUAACUGGGUUCUACUCUCGCUGUGGCUUCGGUUUGAAAAACACUACAUUGGCUCACAGGUGGUUCUUCUGAGUGUUCCCAAACUACUGAUUUCAAAGAGAGUCUUCUGCCUGCCAUUAAGCAGGAAUGUAAUGUUCCAAUUAAUUACAAAAGAAAACAAUAAAACAAUGUGAAUUUCAUAAUAAAAUGUGAACUGAUGUAGUAAAUUGUGCAAAUGUGAAGCUUCUGAUGACACUUGUUAGGCUUCUUACUGGCUUCAGUCUCAGUUUGUAAGAUGUAUUUCAGGCUUUCAGUUCAGCAUUGUGACUCAGUAGUUAAAAAAAAUGGCACAAAUGUGCAUGACCAAUGGGUUUGUAUGUCUGUGAACACUGCGUUAUUUCAGGUGGACAUUUUAUUGUUUUCAAAAGUUUCUCACAAUGUAUGUUAUAGUAUUAUUAUUAUUAUAUAUUGUUGCUCAAAUGCAUUGUUCAGAGACUUUUAUAUGAGGUGAAUAAAGGAAAGCAUGAUUAGAUUAGA